UUCCAUGGUGACCGGGAUGGAUGCUCUCCCCAUGGCGGCUCCGCUCCUGGUGCUGUCCGUCUCCGUGUCCGUGCUCAGGGAGCACUGUGUCAGCGCCCGGCUCAACCAGAGACCCAUCAUCGGUGUGCUGGCUCAGGAAUCAAAUAAUGUUAUUCCAUUUGGCAAGAGCUAUAUUCCUGCUUCGUAUGUGAAGAUACUAGAAUCCGCCGGGGCAAGAGUGGCACCCAUAAGCACGAAACUAACAGAGGCUGAAUAUACGGAGCUGUUACAUUCCAUAAAUGGGGUGCUCUUUCCAGGCGGUGGUUCUUCUGUUCUCAAUUCCAGAUUUGCUGAGAUUUCAGCCAUCAUUUAUAACUUUACACUGAAGGCAAACGAUAAAGGUGUCCAUUUCCCUGUGUGGGCCAUUUGUCUUGGGUUUCAGGAACUAAUAGUUCUUACCAGUGGAGAAAAUAUUCUUACUAGAACCAACACGAUUAAUCUGGCUCUGCCUUUGAAUUUUACAAAAGCUGGCCUGCAUAGUCGAACGUUCAAGAAUUUUCCUAAAAACCUGUUACAAGCAUUACAAAUCCGACCUCUGACGGGACACUACCACUAUUGGGGCGUAUCCGUGAAGAAUUUUACAAACAACAAAAAAUUGAAUAGCUUCUACAGAAUCUUGACUACAAAUACGGACAAUCAAAGAGUGGAAUAUGUGUCCACUGUGGAAGCUAUUAAAUACCCUAUUUAUGCAGUUCAGUGGCACCCUGAGAGAAGCCCUUAUGAGUGGAAUGCAACAUUGAAUAUCCCACAUUUCUCUGAAGCUGUUAAAGUCGCCUGGUAUUUAGCUGAUUUUUUUGUUAAUGAAGCACGGUGGAACUUCAAUCAUUUCUCUAAUACAACAGAAGAAGGGAAGGCAUUGAUUUAUAACUAUACACCCAUGUUCACUGGAAACAUUUCCAGAUUUGAGCAGGUUUAUUUAAUUGAUUAGAAUUAUUUCAACUUGUCUCAGUCAGUCAAUUAAAUCUGAUAU